GAGAGAGAGAGAGAGGAGUCGUGGACCAAAGUUGAAUCUCGCUGCAGAGCUCUCUCAUACUUCAGACAAACCUUCUUCUCGCCAUGCACCGUCGUCCACUUCUUCCUAGGGGUUUUAUCUUUGUGCGUAUGAGAUGUUGCCAAAUGUGAUUUUUUUGUUGUGCAUGAUGCUCGGUCUCCAAUCGUGGCACUGCGCAGCUGAUCUGUGCAACUGGUCUGGAAGCGGUUUUGCAGCUGGUGUGGAUACCAGGAUCGUACUCCAGGUGCGGCUGCGCUGUACAGAGGGCUCGGUGAGGUGGAUUUACCCGGGUCAGGCUCUCCGGGUGGUCCUGGAGCCUAAUCUGUCCUCCGCCCGGCGCACCAUCGUCUGCAUCAAACCGUCUCCCUCUUUCCGCGGAGCGAGCGUGUUCAUUGAACGGGCCGGGGAGCUGGAGCUGCUGGUGACUGACGGCGAACAGCCCGAGCAGCAGGUGUUCUGUUUCCGGGCUGAUGGUCCACACAGGCCCGUCAUCUAUCUCCAGUCCAGUCCGCAGAUUGAUGGAGUCUGGAGCAGACGCACGAUGGGCUUCAGAUAUGAGCUGCUGGGAAACAGGAGUGCUGCACCCAACCUGGGCCACAGCGCGUUACAGACUUCAUGCCGACCCUGCAAUGAUACAGAACUCCUCAUGGCUGUCUGCAACAGUGACUUUGUGGUCCGAGGCUCCAUCAGCAAUGUCUCCCACGAUCCUGCACGUCAGACAUCGUUGGUGGAGGUAUCAGCAGCGAGAGUGUAUUGGCAGCGCAGUGGAGUGUUUGAGCAACAACCUUCCUCUUCCAGGUCAUCUCUGCCGGUCCUGUCUUGGCGUGGACACAUCCAUACACUCCUGCAGUGCCACGUGAAGCCUGGGGAUGGAGAGUUUCUCUUCACGGGGUCAGAACACUUUGGGGAAGCUUGGUUAGGGUGUGCCCCACGAUACAAAGACUUCCUGUCUGUCUACCAGGCCGCCUGGGCGGCACGCCGGAAUUCCUGUGACUUCCCUUUGGACUGAGGAAGUGUUUUGUUUUAGCACUACUGAGCCCUACCAGUCUCUUAUCCACAGGCAUCCUCACCCCUGUACUGGCACUGUGGGAUUCCUAUAAUGUUGUCGCAUGCCAGUAAGGUGGCAUCCAGCAUCACCAACAGGGACGAAGCUGUUGAAUCGCUGGUAAAAAGACACAUUUGGAGGAGCAGAACAGGAGCAAACAGCAGGGCCUCCUGAACUGAGGCUCAUAGAGAGUCGGCCUUUGUCUCUCUCCCUUCACUGCCCUCAGUCCUGGGAGACUAAGAAGGGGUUGGAUUGCUGCUUUCUCUUUGUGCUUCUCCCAGCAUCAACUAGCGUUCACUUUGCUGGCUCUGUGUGAAAAUUAACCUCUGAACUGACGAGAGAGGGACGACUGAAGCCAUUUGUAAUCAACAGUUUGUCCCAGUGAAUAAGUUUGUACAUAUAUGAUUGUAGAAUUAUUUUUAUUCUAUUACGUUUCAUAUCCUCUGUGCUUUGUCUAUUUAUAAGUGUUUUUCUCUAUACAUGACCUUUGAAA